UUGAAAUUUCAGCUUGCAAAUUCAUUUCGCUGAGAAAGUUUGUUCAUUAAAAAUAUGGAUUUUAAACAUCUGAGCUGUGACACGAAACCACCAGUCGUUGCGGAUAUUGCUCCAAAGAUAGGAUCGUCGAACGAGUAUGUCUCCGAUUCGGAUGAUGAUGCACUGGCUUUGGCAGAUGAAUUAGAUAAUUCAGUGAUAAAGAAAGCAGAUGCAGUUCGUUUAGAAGAAAUCGCAGACUGUGGUGAUACUUAUAYCAAUAACAAGAAUGAAAAUGGUARAAAUAUACUUACGCGAGAGAAGAGAAAGAUUGAAAGUCAUAAAUGGGUGCAGAAUAAAAGGARGUAUCAUCGCAACAAAGGGAACCCGUAUGUCACUAAGAGUGGCAAAAGAGUUGAAGAACGUUUUCCGAAACCCAUUGACUGUAAGUGCCGCCAUAAUUGUACAGAAAACUUCUCAGAAGAAGAGCGCACAGAGAUCAAUGCAGAAUAUUGGAAUUUAGGCGACUAUUCGAGGCAGCGACUGUUCCUAGCCAAUUGCGUGAAAAUUGAGAAGUGCAAAAGGACUGCCAUUCAGGAUGGUUCGAAGGACCAUAUAUGA